CAAUAUCUUGUGGACUUUCCUUUGCUAAAAGAAGAUUGAAGUGCUAAAGUGCGCAGUUUGUCCUCAAUUUCCACGGUGGCCCCCCAUUUCGCGUUUGAUUUGUUUUCGGUUGUCGUUUUGAAAUUUUAUUUAUAUAAAUAAUUUGUUAUUUCAAAACCCUAACACAAAAUCGUAUCUAUGAACAUCAAUUGUUCCCGGCAUAAUUAGGAUUCGAAACAUCAUCAUCUCCAGCUGAAUUCGACAGAGGAAGGAACAAAAUCCAGUUGUAUUUGGUUCCCCAAAUAUCAAAUAUCGGCGAUAAUAAAUUCCGCCAUUUUUUCUAGGGUUUCGAAUUUCAUCGGUCGAUAUUUCUCGAGGUCGACACACGCUUCCCCCUUUUUCUCUUUUCCCCCCAUCUCAAAAAUUCCCCAGAACCCUAAGAAUUUCUAAAGUCAGACAGACAGACAAGACAUACAGAUAGAUACAGAUAUUCGUGCACUCGUAGGGAAAACCAGAAAUGCUUUUUUUUUUCUUUUUAAAUUUUUAAUUUUUGGUGAUAAUUUUAUCAAUUCGUGAUCGUGUUGUGUUGUUCACUCAAAAAAAUUCUCAAUUUUAAGCCGUCCAACGAGCAGACUUGAGCUUUACCCUUUUUUUUCAGCCCCAAUUCGCCAUCUCUCUCAGCAAAGAUUCUCUCCACCCUAUUACAACUUUUCUUUGAUUUCUUUCCCCUAAGCCAAAGAAUCUCUCCACUCUCAGAUAUUCCCUCCCUUUUCUUUCUCUGAAAACUUAGCUUUAUCAAUGAUGCCAUUGUUCUCUUCCCCUCCUCCUCCUUCUUUCUCCUCUUCUUUUCUCUCUCCUAUUCCAUUCUCACAAUCAUCUCUCCUAGUCCUUUUCACCAUUUCAGACCCUCCUUUUCGACUCCUCGAUAACCCGGAAAACUUCCUUCUAUACAUACUACUGGCCCCAUGUCUUCUACAAAUGUCAACCACCUUUCUCAGCCUUGUAUUUAUGGGCAUGUUGUUUCUUCACACGCAGAGAGAAAAUCGAGAUUUAUGAAAUGGCUGAGUAAGAUUUUCAAGGGUGGGGCCGGUAGUAGCAGGGGAGUUUCAACGGGCGAAGAGCAACCUCAGUUUAUCGGAGACGAAAAUAUGGUUUGGCGUGCUCCGUUUAGAUCUUUGGAUGACCGCCCUCGAGCCAGUAAAGAGAAAGAUGAAUUAGAUCGUGCAAUUGCUCUCUCUCUCACAGAAGACUUAAAGAGACCAAAUGGUUACAGGUGGCGAACAGAAACCGACGAUGAUCUAGCACGGUCACUUCGCGAUAGUUUCAACUCAGCACCAUACCCUUCUUAUGCCCCUAGAGAGUAUUAUCCAAGGGGUUAUAGAACAUGCGCGGGUUGUAAACGUGAAAUCGGUUAUGGGAAUUAUCUUGGAUGCAUGGGGAGUUUUUUCCAUCCAGAAUGCUUCCGUUGUCAUGCAUGUGGUUACCCUAUCACUGAACACGAGUUCUCUUUGUCAGGAAGAGAUACAUAUCACAAGUCCUGCUUCAAAGAGCUCACUCAUCCGAAAUGCGAAGUCUGUCAUCAAUUUAUCCCGACUAAUGGAGUUGGCUUGAUCGAGUACAGAUGCCACCCAUUUUGGUCACAAAAAUAUUGCCCUUCCCACGAGCACGACUAUACGUCUCGGUGCUGUAGUUGUGAGCGUUUGGAGUCGGUGAAUACUACAUAUUAUUCACUGGGGGAUGGACGGAGUUUAUGCUUAGAGUGUAUGGAAUCAGCUAUUAUGGAUACAGGUGACUGUCAACCAUUGUACCACGCCAUUAGAGACUACUACGAAGGAAUGAAUAUGAGAAUCGAUCAGCAAAUCCCCAUGCUUCUCGUUGAAAGACAAGCCCUUAACGAGGCUAUUGAAGGGGAAAAACACGGUUUUCAUCACAUGCCUGAAACAAGAGGUUUGUGCCUUUCUGAAGAGCAGACUGUUACAAGUAUACUGAAGCGGCCAAGAAUGGAGCGUCGUGGUUUAGUUGGCAUCAGAACACAGCCACAGAAGCUAAUUCGUAGGUGUGAGGUUACAGCCAUUCUUGUAUUAUACGGCCUCCCAAGGUUACUGACUGGAGCGAUACUUGCACACGAGUUGAUGCACGGAUGGUUACGUCUUAAUGAUUACCGAAAUCUGAGGCCGGAAGUAGAGGAAGGUAUCUGCCAGGUACUAUCUCACAUGUGGCUCGAAUCGGAAGUAAUGCCCACAUCAAGAAACAACAUACCAUCUUCAUCUACAGCUUCCACAUCAUCAUCGUCUUCCACAUGGUCGUACGGGCCGUCCACGUCAUCAUACAGGCCGCCAUCCACACCAGCAUCGUCCACAUCAUCAUCGUCCAAAAAAGGCGGGAAAUCGAGCGUAGAGAAUAAGCUAGGGGAAUUUUUCAUGCAUCAAAUCGCUCACGAUGCUUCCCCAGCUUACGGUGGAGGAUAUAGAUCUGCUAUGGCUGCAGUCAACAAGUAUGGCUUACGACGUACAUUGGAUCAUAUACGUUACACCGGAACUUUCCCAGAGUAAUCUCUAUAGUGACACGUGUGCCGUGGUUGGUGGGUUUUCAGCAAAGAAUAUAUAUUGAUGCGAAGAUCAAGAAAAGAACUUCACCCCUCUGUUUUCUGGGGACACUACUUGGUAUACAUACAUACAAAAAUUUACUUUGUUUUGAAUAACAAAGCUUAUUGUUUACGAACUUGGUACGAAAUUGGGGUUUUUUUUUCAGUUGUAAUAAGAAUAGUCAUGAGUAUGAACUCAUUUGCGUACCGGAUAUGUAACAACUAUAAUAACACGUCUUUCGAUUUUAAGGAAAUUUUUGUUAUAU